UCCCGUCCCAUCAUUCCCCGUGAGCACGGAAGCUGAGAUUCCUGGGUGGAAAUGGAGCCGCCCCAUCCCCCACCGUCCAGUAGCAGUGGGGGAGACUUCCAGCAUCCCAACCUGCUCCCCAGAGCCCAUCCCACCCCAUCCUCCUUGCCCAUUGCAGAAAUUGGUGUGGGCACCACCGGCUUCGGAAUCUUCUUCAUCCUCUUUGGAAUACUCCUGUACUUUGAUUCGGUGCUCCUGGCCUUCGGAAACCUGCUAUUCCUGACUGGCCUCUUGCUCAUCAUCGGCCUGAGGAAGACCUUUUCCUUCUUCUUCCAGAGGCACAAGCUCAAAGGGACCAGCUUCUUCCUGGGGGGUGUGGUCAUUGUGCUCCUGCGCUGGCCCCUUCUGGGCAUGUUCCUGGAAACCUAUGGAUUCCUUAGCCUCUUCAAGGGCUUUUUUCCUGUCGUCUUUGGCUUCCUGGGCAAUGCCUCUGACAUCCCCUUCCUGAGUGCGCUGUUCCGGAGGCUUCAAGGCACCAGCUCAAUGGUCUGAACAGCAGAGACGAGCUCCUUGAACUUGGAUCAUUGGUUGAGGGGGCUGGAAAGGAAGUGGGGGCUGCCUCCACCCUGCAGUGACUCAUCUCCCCAUCAUCCCCAGCCCUCUCCAAGUCCAGAAGGAAGAACAGAGUUGAAUGACUGACCUCAGAUUCCAAGUCAACUCAAAAGGCUGUUGACAUGGCUGCGGACAGAGAUCCGGGGCCCCACCGCGGUCAGACUGGGGCUGGUAUUACAUCCUGCCCUGUAUUUAUGGGAGGAGAGCGAAGAUUAAAUCCCCAGGCUGUGAGUGUGUCUGAGACUCAGAGUCACUGUCUC